AUGACUUCACAGUCUUCUGCACCUCGGAGCUCGUCAAGCUCGUCAAGAUCUCAGUCGUCCCGGAGUGCCGUGCCGAAUGGGCAAAUAUCGCAAAUCGAAAAAAGCGUCACGCAUCUACUCGUCGCAACAAAACAGCUAUUAGAGACAUUGACACAAUGGUCUCGCCGACAGGUUUCGGAAAGCGAAGUCUCCGACGUCUACGUACGGUUGGGAUACGAAUUUAAUUUGGCUUGUCGUGCCUUCAGCGCUAUUGGGGUGGACACUUCGGACUUGGGCCCGGUACCCGAUCUUCUCCGCACGAUUCUCGAAGAUACUCUGAGCCAGGACGCUUCGCCACAAGCUCUCGACGUUUUUCUCCCUCGGAUUCGUGACAUAAUCAUCAAUCUUCUUCACGGUUUGAAGAGAAAGCAAGCACGCCUGCGAUCGCGGCAGCAAAAGGAAGAUGGCAGGUCGGGACCUGGUCGACAGGCUAGCGCAGGUAGUGCUGCGAGUGAAAUACCUCCACCGUUCGAAGAGGCUCCCACCGGCGCGGCAUCUCCUAAACGCCCAAGCCGUACCCGUUACGGCAGCAGUGGAUCUCUCGAAGACAAGCCGCAUGCCUCAUCUAGAUCGUCGCCUGAUAUCAAAUCUGGAAGCUACUCGGAUCGGGAGGCAUCCAGACGGGAAGCGCAGAAUGCUCUAGCUCAACCAUCACAGCAAGAUAGUGAUAUGAGCACUAGGACUUCCCAAUACCCUCCGCCCCCGCCGCCACCACCAAAGCAGGAUGAUGCUAUAGGUGCCCUGCAGCGAAGUGGAGAGCUGGAACGACGCGCGUCGCGGAGAUUCUCUGCGUAUCAAAUACAAAAACAUCUAGGCGCCUCUUCCAAUGGAGUUCCUGUGAUCCCAACCCAAAACUCGCCUUUGCCUAACCGUGGCCGUGAUGUUCGAGAGUCGCUGAAUGCUGUACGUCUGCGUGGAUCGUACGCCCAUGGACGUCAGCGCUCGACAAAUCGAUCACAUGGGCAUGUUGAGACGAAAGCUACUCAGCCGCAGCAACCUCAAAGCCGCACGGAGGAUCCCGUGAAGCAGCGUGUCGAAGCAGCUACGGAACCUUCCACUGAUGGUGUCUUCAGAGAAAACGAUGCCCGGCCUGAAAAGGACGCGGCGAAUGAUGUCCUUGAAGGACCUCCGGUACUGCCCCCAAUGCCACAAGAGCCGUCUCUUGCAGACGCUUUUGAGCCGGUGAAGGACACUGGGCCUCGCACUAACCAGGGUCCGGAAACACCUAAAUCAAGCCAUCGACAACCGACUUCUGCCGUUUCGACUCCGCCUCAAGCCACGCAGUAUUCACCUGAGCAGCCUUCUCCGGGGAAGGAACUUACUUUGUUCCUCCAGUAUCGGAGCAAAAUCAAGAAAUACGUGCUUUCAGAAGGUGCUUCUGGUUUGACCAUCGGGAGACUUCAGUUGGCGUUCAUAGAAAAAUUUGCAUGGAAUACGCACAACAAUGGUGCUGAUCUACCGGAAAUCUACAUUCAAGAUCCAAUUUCAGGUAUCAGGCACGAGUUGGAGGAUUUGAGUGACGUCAAAGAUCGCUCUGUUCUCGUCCUAAACGUCGACGCCCUUGAUGAAGUCAAAAAGCAUUUUGAUGAUGAGCUCGGUGGUGUACGCCGCCUACUUGAGGGUGUUAAAGGAGCAUUGGAUGGACAGGGAAACAUGAUGCAGCGCGUCUCAGAUCGGCAAGUGGAGGCUGUGAAGGAGAUCGCCCGCCUUGCCGCCGCACCUGCUGUCUCUACCGCUGGCGCCCCUGCCACUGGAGAGGUGCGACGCGGUCCCAUUUCUGGCAGUGCCAGUCAAAUGGCAGAACUGUCAAGCCUGCGACGAGAUCUGGCGGUGCUGCGACAAACAUACACCGACUUCUCGGCGGAUAUUGCGAGCUCGAUGGGUGCGAUACGGGCCAAAGCGGAUACCGUCAAAUCUUCAGCUGUCGAAGCUUCUGUGCCGUCUUACGAAGGGGAUGCAGGCCGGGCGCGUGUCAACCUUGGGAAGAAGGAGCUCGCUGAAGAGUCUGAACGGCUUGUUGCGCGAGUCGAUGACCUACAGGAUCUGAUUGAGGAUCUACGGAAAGACGUGGUCAGCCGAGGAGUACGGCCGCUUCCUAGACAGCUGGAGACUGUGGGUAAAGAUAUCAGCGCCGUUACAAAAGAGAUCAAGAAGAUGCAAGAAUUCCUCAAGCGAGAGAAACCAAUUUGGACCAAGAUCUGGGAGAAGGAGCUGCAGCUUGUUUGUGAGGAACGUGACCAGCUCACCAUGCAGGAAGAUCUUGCAGCUGAUCUGCAGGAUGAUCUGGAAAAAGCAGCCCAGACGUUUGCUCUCGUCGAGCAAGCAACCAAGCAGCAGGCCAUGCAAAACGGCAACAGCGGCCCUACACUGCGAAAUACCUCGCGUAAUGUGGUGAUUGACCCGGCAGUGGAUCCUAUGAAAGCAAAGGACAGUGUGUUGGGCGAAGUUCGCGCUCUCCAGCCCAACCAUGAAUCCCGGCUUGAGGCUAUCGAACGAGCUGAAAAAGCCCGGCAGAAGGAGCUCGAAACUCGCCGUGUCGAUCUAUUCCAGAAGGAACUGGGCACCUUUGUUCAGGAGGGAAAGCUGAAGAAGAGUGGCGGUUUCGAGGAAGCCGAACGUCUUCGUCGGGCUAAAGACGAGCGCAAUCGCAAGGAGAUGUGGAAUAUAGCUCAAGCCCGUGCAGCUGAGAUUGAAAAAGCUGAAGCGGAAGCGGCUGCAGCUUCCACGCCCUCUGCAGCAGAACCAUACUCCGACGACGCGGCUCUUGAGAGAACCGAAGCACCGGAGUCGCCUAAAGGGAAGGCUCCAGUGUCUGACGGUGACGUGGGCGAGGAGAAGAAGGAUGAAGAAGCGCCAGCCGAGAGCCAGGACAACCAGGAAAGCCAUAAAACAGACCCCGAGAAUUAG